AGAAACAUUGGUGAAAGAAUGGGUCGCUCUCAGGAGCUCAGUGACUCCAAGCGUGGUCCCGUGAUAGGUGGCCACCUGGGCAAUAAGUCCAUCCGUGACAUUUCCUGGCUACUAAAUAUUCCACGCUCAACUGUUAGUGGGAUUAUAACAAAGUGGAAGCAACUGGGAACAGCCACUAAGUGGUAGGUCACGUCACAUGACAGGGCGGGGUCAGCGCAUGCUGAAGCGCACAGUGCGCAGACGUCGCCAACUGUCUUCAGAGUCAAUAGCUAAAGACCUCCAAACUUGUUGUGGCCUUCAGGUGAGCCCAACAACAGUGCGUAGAGAGCUUCAUGGAAUGGGUUUCCAUGGCCGAGCAGCUGCAUCCAAGCCUUCCAUCACCAAGUGCAAUGCAAAGCGUUGGAUGCCAUGGUGUAAAGCACGCCGCUACUGGACUCUAGAGCUGUACUCACCUGACUGCAUUGUGCCAAGUGUAAAGUUU